AUGGGGGAUCAGCAGCUGUACAAAACCAACCAUGUGGCCCAUGGUAGUGAGAACCUUUUCUACCAACAGCCACCACUUGGCAUCCAUGGUGGGCUGAACCACGACUAUGGGAAUACAGUCACAGGGGGUGGAAUGGAUGCCCCUCAGGCCUCGCCCAUCUCUCCCCACUUCCCUCAAGAUACACGGGAUGGUCUGGGCUUGCCUGUUGGCUCCAAAAACCUUGGCCAAGUGGAUACUUCAAGGCAGGGAGGGUGGGGAGGCCAUUCAGGGCCUGGAAACCAUGUCCAGCUACGUGGCAACCUGGCCAACUCAAACAUGAUGUGGGGGGCACCAGCCCAGGCUGAGCCCACCGAUAGCUACCAGUACACCUACUCCCAGGCCAGUGAGAUCCGGACUCAGAAGCUCACCAGUGGUGUCUUACACAAGCUGGACUCUUUCACCCAGGUGUUCGCCAACCAAAACCUGCGAAUUCAGGUCAACAAUAUGGCUCAGGUGCUGCACACCCAAUCAGCAGUGAUGGAUGGAGCCCCUGACAGUGCCCUCCGCCAGCUGCUGUCUCAGAAGCCCAUGGAGCCUCCAGCACCGGCUGUACCUUCCCGCUACCAGCAGGUGCCCCAGCAGCCUCACCCUGGUUUCACUGGUGGGCUGUCCAAACCAGCCAUUCAAAUUGGGCAGCACCCUACCCAGGGGCACCUGUAUUAUGACUACCAGCAGCCACUGGCUCAGAUGCCAGUGCAGGGAGGACAGUCGCUGCAGGCCCCCCAGAUGCUGUCACAGCACAUACAACAGAUGCAGCAGCACCAGUAUUACCCACAGCAGCAACAGCAGCAAGCUGGGCCGCAGCGUAUCUCCAUGCAAGAAAUACAGCCGCAGCAGCAACAGAUUCGCCCACCACCGCCUCAGCAGCAGCAGCAACAGCAGCAGCAGCAGCAGCAGCUACAACUGCAGCAGCGGCAGAGUUCAAUACAGAUACCUCAGUAUUAUCAGUCCCAACCCAUGAUGCAGCACUUGCAAGAGCAGCAGCAGCCACAGAUGCACCUGCAGCCCCCGUCUUAUCACAGGGACCUUCACCAGUACACCCCGGAGCAGGCGCACGCUGUCCAGCUGAUUCAGCUGGGCUCCAUGCCCCAGUACUACUACCAGGAGCCCCAGCAGCCCUACAGUCUUCCCCUCUACCAGCAGAGCCACCUGCCCCAGCACCAGCAGCGUGAGGACAGUCAGCUGAAGACUUAUUCUAGCGACAGGCAGGCCCAGGCCAUGCUGAGCCCCCAUGGGGACCUGGGGCCUCCUGAUACAGGAAUGGGAGACCCAGCAAGCUCAGACCUGACCCGAGUCAGCAGUGCCCUCCCCCCUCGACCGCUCCUGUCCCCCAGUGGGAUCCACCUCAACAACAUGGGGUCUCAGCAUCAGCAGCUGUCUCCCAGUGCCAUGUGGCCCCAGAUGCAUCUACCUGAUGGGAGAGCCCAGCCAGGGUCCCCUGAGUCAAGUGGCCAACCCAAAGGAGUGUUUGGGGAGGAGUUUGAUGCCAAGAACAAGCUGACGUGCUCCAUCUGCCUGAAGGAGUUCAAGAACCUUCCUGCCCUGAAUGGCCACAUGCGGUCCCACGGGGGAAUGAGGGCCUCCCCCAGCCUCAAACAGGAGGAAGGAGAGAAAGUCCCGCCGCCUCAGCCCCAGCCGCCACUGCCGCCUCCGCCGCCACCGCAACUCCCUCCCGAGGCAGAAAGCCUCACGCCUAUGGUCAUGCCCGUGUCUGUCCCUGUCAAGCUUCUCCCACCCAAGCCCAGCUCUCAGGGGUUCACCAACAGCGCCGUUGCCGCUCCUUCUGCCAGAGACAAGCCGGCCAGUUCGAUGUUGGACGACGAGAUGCCUGUGCUCGUGAGGAUGACCCUCUCUCCCCCACGCUCACCCCAAGGGGCUGCCCCCCGCAUGCCUGCUGAAGUCCCCAGGAAGCAUCAGCCGGGCGUGCCCAAAGCUGAGGAGCCCCUCAAGACCGCUCCGGAGAAGAAGAAGUUCCGGCACCGGCCCGAACCGCUCUUCAUCCCGCCACCGCCCUGCUGCAACCCCAACCCCGCCGCCUCGCACUCGGGCGCCACGCUCUACCAGAGCCAGCUGCGCUCCCCGCGCGUGCUCGGGGACCACCUGCUCCUGGACCCCACCCACGAGCUGCCCCCCUACACGCCCCCGCCCAUGCUGAGCCCGGUGCGCCAGGGCUCGGGGCUCUUCAGCAAUGUCCUCAUCUCCGGCCACGGCCCGGGCGCCCACCCGCAGCUGCCCCUCACGCCCCUGACGCCCACGCCGCGGGUGCUGCUGUGCCGCUCCAACAGCAUCGACGGCAGCAACAUAACAGUCACCCCAGGGCCUGGAGAGCAGACUGUGGAUGUUGAACCACGUAUCAACAUUGGCUUGAGAUUUCAAGCAGAGAUCCCAGAACUUCAGGAUGUCUCUGCCCUGGCCCAGGACACACACAAGGCCACACUGGUAUGGAAGCCCUGGCCAGAGCUGGAAAACCACGACCUCCAGCAAAGAGUGGAGAAUCUUCUGAAUUUGUGUUGUUCAAGCGCGUUGCCAGGUGGAGGGACCAAUCCUGAAUUUGCUUUGCACUCUCUCUUCGAGGCCAAAGGUGAUGUGAUGGCUGCUCUGGAAAUGCUGCUGCUGCGGAAGCCAGUCAGGUUAAAAUGUCAUCCUUUAGCAAAUUACCACUAUGCCGGUUCGGACAAGUGGACCUCCCUAGAAAGAAAACUGUUUAAUAAAGCACUAGCCACUUACAGCAAAGACUUUAUUUUUGUACAGAAGAUGGUGAAGUCAAAGACAGUGGCCCAGUGUGUGGAGUACUACUACACGUGGAAAAAAAUAAUGCGGUUAGGGCGGAAACACAGGACACGCCUCGCAGAAAUCAUCGAUGAUUGCAUGACAAGUGAAGAAGAGGAGUUAGAAGAGGAGGAGGAGGACAUGGAAGAAGACAGGAAAUCCACAAAAGAAGAGGAGAGUGGAGUGCCGAAGUCCCCAGAGCCGCCAUCAGUCCCUGUCCUGGCUCCCACAGAGGGGCCACCCCUACAGGCCCUUGGCCAGCCCUCAGGCUCCUUCAUCUGUGAAAUGCCCAACUGUGGGGCCGUGUUCAGCUCCCGACAGGCACUGAAUGGCCAUGCCCGCAUCCACGGUGGCACCAACCAGGUGACCAAAGCCCGAGGUGCUGUCCCCUCUGGGAAGCAGAAGCCUGGAGGCACCCAGAGCGGAUACUGCUCAGUGAAGAGCUCGCCCUCUCAUAGCACCACCAGCGGUGAGACGGACCCCACAACCAUCUUCCCCUGCAAGGAGUGUGGCAAGGUCUUCUUCAAGAUCAAAAGCCGAAACGCACACAUGAAAACUCACAGACAGCAGGAGGAACAGCAGAGGCAAAAGGCUCAGAAGGCAGCCUUCGCGGCUGAAAUGGCAGCCACCAUUGAGAGGACUACAGGGCCGGUGGGGGCGCCAGGGCUGCUGCCCCUGGACCAACUGAGUCUGAUCAAACCCAUCAAGGACGUGGACAUCCUCGAUGACAACGUUGUCCAGCAGUUAGGAGGCGUCAUGGAAGAGGCCGAGGUCGUGGAUACAGAUCUUCUCUUGGAUGAUCAAGAUUCAGUCUUGCUACAGGGUGAUGCGGAACUAUAA